AUGGCCCCCGCAGUUGCCGUCCACGAACCUCAUGAUCUUAGUAUCAAUCCUAAGAAUCCAGCUUCCCCUAGCAUCAUCCGAACGCCCCUAAAGUCAACCGGUAGUUUGUCUGACUACUCGAAUUUUACUGCGACACCAACAAUAGGAACAGAAUUCCCAAGUGCUCAGCUCACUGAGAUUCUUAAGGAUGAGAAAAAGAUUCGAGAUCUAGCAAUCCUUGUAUCUGAGCGAGGUGUCGUAUUCUUCCGCAAUCAGGACAUCACAUCGGACGAGCAAAAGGUCCUCGGCCAAAAGCUAGGAGAAGCGACUGGUAAACCAAGUACAUCUAAGUUGCACCGCCACGCCGUCGCGAACAGCGGACGCGGAAUAGCAGUUGAUGAGAACGGCCACCUGGAUGAUGAGAUCUCUGUGAUUUCCUCCGAGGUUAAUCGAAAACUCUAUGGCGAUCGAUACAAGCCCAACAACGGGCGUCUUGCGAGUAACGGCUGGCAUGCGGAUAUCACAUUCGAGCGCGUCCCAUCGGACUAUGCAAUCUUGAAGAUAACUGAUCUCCCCGAAGCUGGUGGUGAUACGCUUUGGGCUUCGGGAUAUGAGUUGUACGAUAGGCUCUCUCCGACAAUCCAGAAAGUCGUUGAUGGACUUGAAGCUGUGCAUUACCAGCCUGCUUUCAACAAGAUUGCUCAAGAUCACUCCAUUGAGUUGAUACAGGGUGACAGAGGUGCGCCCGAGAAUACAGGGUUUGAGUUCAAGGCUACCCACCCACUUGUUCGAACGAAUCCUGUGACGGGAUGGAAGAGCCUUUUCGGGGCUGGACAGCAGGUUGAGAACGGGUGGAUUGAGGGUGUGACGAGUGUUGAGAGUGAGCUUUUGAAAGGACUUUUCAAUCGUCUCUUGUUUGAGAACCAUGAUUUGCAAGUCAGAUUUAGAUGGGGUCGGAACGACGUUGCGAUUUGGGACAAUCGAUCUGUUUACCAUACAGCUACCAACGACUACGACGGCAAACGACAAGGUAACCGAGUUGUCUCACUGGGAGAGGUCCCCUACUUCGACCCAGCGUCUAAGUCUCGGAGGCAAGCAUUGGAAGAUGUAUAA